AUCGUCGGUCUCCACUCUCUCGCACUCCAAAGGAAACUUCCGCUCUCCCUCUCUUGAGUUUGUGUCCAGAAUUUCCUAAGAAAAUCUCCUUUAUUUUCGCUUUUUUUUUUUUUUUUUAUGGACAGAAUUCAGAAACAGAGAAAAAAAUUAAUUUAUAAUUAUUAUUGUUACCAUUAUUUUUGCUUUGAAAAUAAGUAAAAAACAGAGGGAGACUGGUUGGUGGUCAUUGUCCUCUUUCUUUCUUGGCUCUGCUCUAUUGCCUUGAAGCUCUCCAGGUUUUCUCUUCUUCUGUACGAACAUUAAUUAUUGCGUUGCAAGUAGAGGAUAAUCGUUUGGUUCUAUCGAAGUUGAUAUGGAGGCGUCCUUGAUCGAUCGACAAUAGCGAUUCGUUAAAGGAAAUGGCGAGCGCCGGUGAGGAGGACGCCGAUGCUGUUCUUAGCGACGUCGAAGCUGACGAUCCGGCGCCGAUUACAAUCAAGAGUCCGUCUCCGGACGAGGUGUCGGUAGAGAGAUUUCGGGAGCUUCUCGUGGAGCUUGAUCGAGAGAGGCAAGCCCGGGAGGCGGUGGAGAGUUCGAAAUCUGAAUUGCAAAUUUCCUUUAAUCGGUUGAAGGUUUUGGCUCACGAGGCGAUCAAGAAGAGGGAUGAGAGUACGAGGCAGAGAGAUGAAGCUCUGCGCGAAAAGGAGGAAGCUCUGAAGGCGAAUGAGAAGGUGUCGGGGGAACUAGCUGAAGCUGUUAGAUUAAAAGAUGAGCUCUUGAAGCAGAAGGAUGAGAUUUCUAAGCAAUCUGACGAAGCGGCAAAGGCUAGAGACUCGUUGAGGUCGGAAAUUGAAACUUCGGCACACAUGCUUGUUACUGGAAUUGAGAAAAUAUCUGGAAAAGUCAGUAACUUUAAGAAUUUUGCGGCAGGUGGAUUGCCGAGGUCUCAAAAGUAUACUGGCUUGCCUGCUGUUGCUUAUGGAGUUAUUAAGAGAACAAACGAGAUUGUGGAAGAACUUGUUAAGCAGAUUGAUGCCACUGCGAAGUCUAGGAAUGAUGCUCGUGAGCAGAUGGAACAGAGGAAUUAUGAGAUUGCCAUUGAAGUUUCUCAGCUUGAGGCAACGAUUGGUCAACUGAGGGAAGAGGUUUCCAAAAAAAGUUCAUUUGUUGAGAAUUUGGAGAAGUCUAUUGCAGAAAAGGAUAUAAAGAUAUCUGAUGUAGAAAGAGAGACACUGGAAAGACUAAAUUCGACGGAGAAUGAGGCAUUAGAGCUGAGGCAGCUAGUUGAUGAAUACGAUCUCAAGCUAAGGAGUGUAGAAUCAAAGGUGGAAUCUUUAAGACCGUUAAUGUUUGACCAAUUGAAUUUGGUAUCAAAAAUCCAUGACCAGAUUUAUGAUGUUAUCAGGAUUGUUGAUGCUAAUAAGCUGGAUCAGUCAGAGUUGUCAGAGUCCUUGUUUCUCCCUCAAGAAACAGACGUGGAGGAGAAUAUACGUGCUUCUUUAGCAGGGAUGGAGUCUAUUUAUGAAUUAAAUAGAGUCAUUGUUGGGAAAGUGAGGGAUUUAGUUGAAGAGAAGAAUGGUGAAGCGAAGAGUUUGAAUGAAACUGUUACCCGAUUGGUUAUGGAGAAAGAACAUAUUGGAUCAUUACUAAGAAGUGCUUUGUCUAAAAGGAUGAUAUCAGAUCCAUCAUCCAAGACUCAUGAGUUAUUCCAGGCUGCUGAAAAUGGUUUGAAAGAGGCUGGGAUAGAAUUCAGGUUCAGUAAUGUUCUCGGGAAUGGUAAAAGUUUUGAUUCUCAUGAUAAAGUGGGUGCCCUGGAAACAGAGGAUGAUGAAAUAUAUACUUUGGCUGGUGCUUUGGAGAAUAUUGUGAAGGCAUCACAGCUUGAGAUAAUUGAGCUACAGCACACUGGGGAGGGACUAAGGGCAGAGUCGAGUUUACUUAAAGAGCAUGUUGAGGUCCAGACCAAGGAGCUCAGUCAUAUGAAGCGUCGCAUUGAGGAACUUGAAGAGAAGGAGAGAGUGGCAAAUGAGAGUGUUGAAGGGCUUAUGAUGGACAUUGCUGCUGCUGAGGAAGAAAUUACAAGAUGGAAAGUGGCAGCUGAGCAGGAAGCUGCAGCAGGCAGAGCUGUUGAGCAAGAGUUUGUGGCACAGUUGUCAACCCUUCGGCAAGAGCUUGAGGAGGCAAAGCAAGCCAUGAAGGAGCUGGAGAAAAAGCUUAAAUUCAAAGAAGAGACAGCAGCUGCUGCCAUGGCAGCUAGAGAUGCAGCCGAGAAGUCACUGAGGUUGGCGGACUCAAGAGCAUCUCGGCUAAGGGAGAGGGUGGAAGAGCUGACUCACCAGCUUGAAGAGUAUGAUACCCGGGAAGACUCCAGGAGGAGACGAACUGCACCUAGAUAUUUAUGCUGGCCAUGGGAGUGGCUUGGGUUGGACUUUGUGGGUGGUUUCCACCAGCCUGAUACACAACAACAUACUUCAAAUGAAAUGGAACUUUCCGAACCCUUGCUCUGAAUCUAUAUUUUCGAUGAAAGAAAAUUGGUUAGUGUAUUAUUGCGAUCUUUGAGGUGGCUAUCUAACAAAAAAAAAAAAAAAGUGUGUUUAGGAAGCCAUAAAUCUGUCUUGUAUUUUACCAUUUUUUUGCCUAAUCAAUUUUCAGGGCAA